AGGCACACGAGGAAGCAGCACAAAAGAAGCUGCCAGCUCAUCGAAUUCAGUACGCCACAGACCAUCGUGCGCCGCUCACCGUCGAAUCCCGAUUCAGCCGUUUGAACCCACCGGGGCCGUCUCCAGCUUUCAAAAGUCUCACAACUCGAUUUCUGAUUGGACCGUUUGAGCCUACCAACGCCGUCUCCGGCCGCGCUGCCACUUCCCCAUGGCCUCCCGCGGGGGAAGGGCGUGGGGACGGGGCGGUCGGCGGCAAGACGCGGAGGCGGCUGGCGGAAGCGGUAGAUUCGGCGGAGUGCGCAAUCUUCGGGGGCGGGCGGAGGCGCAGAGAGGCGCGCGCGGAGGCGGGCGGCGGGCACAAGGGCGGGCGCUGACGGCGGAAGAAGAGGCGCUGCAGGCGGUGCUGGAAGAGGCGGGCAGGAGGAAGCAGGCAGGGCAGAGGCGACUCAGCAGCACAGCAGUGACUAUAGUAGAAGGUGACAACAGCGGUGCCAACCACAAUACCAGCAGCAGCAGUCAACCCUUCGCCUCAGUCUCCUCCUCUAUUAUCACCACCACUGCCACCCCAACCAUUCCCAAGGGCCCAGCAACCGACCACUUCGAAGCAUCCCUUCGUUACUAUCACACUGCCCUCGCUUCCUCCGCCCUCUCGCCGCGCGCCCGCCUCUCCGUUUUGUUUGACAUUGGGGAGGCUUAUCUGGGUCUGGGGGAGGCGCAGCUAGCGGACGGACAGCGGGCAGCAGGGGGGCCGAUGAGUCAGCCUGCACUGACGUGGCAGCUGGUGAAGCGAGUGGAGAGGGAGGCUGCCACGUCAGCUGCUGACUCGUGCAGACUCGCAUUCGAGGCAUUUGACGAGAUCUGUCGUGUGGGGCCCACCCUUCCACAUGCCGAGUCAGCAGCGUGUGCUCAAUCAGCUGCUGACGUCAGCAGCGGAGGAGGCGGACGAGGUGGCAGGGGGAGGGGGGGAGUGGAGGGAGAGGAUGGUGCUGACGUGGCAGAGAUGGUGCAAGGAGCGGCGGUGAAUGCAGCGAAUGCGCUGGUGGCAUGGGCAGAGGCGGUGGGGGAGGUGGAGGGUGGGCGAGAGGAGCAGGGCGAAAAGGGGGUGGGGAUGGGGGCUGCAGGGGGAAUGGGGCAUGGAGGCUCGGAGAGCAUGGCGCUGGAUGAGCAGCAAGCACAGCAGCAGCAGCAGUUGCAGCAGCAGCCAAGGGCGGCGCAGCUGCUGCAGGAGGCAUUGGCGCGGUACGAGGCAGCUGCAGCCGCCACACCCAGCGACACGGACCUGCUGUCGAACCUCGGGGACUGCGCCGUCAAGAUGGCUGAGCUCACGUGCCCUGAGCGACCCGCUUCACCCCACCCGUGGGACCAGGCAUCCCCCCACUACGAGCGCGCCAUGCAGGCAUAUGGCACUGCAUGCUCGCUGUGUGACGCCCGUGUGGGCGACGACCUGCCAGGGCUGCUGCACAACUGGGGCGUGGGGCUGCUGUCGGCCGCCCAGCGCUGCCCCGAACCUGACCAGGAGAUUCGGCUCCUGACCGAAGCUGCUGAGAAGCUUCAGAAGGCAGCCGACUUCCAUCCCACGGACAUGACAUCUCGUCUGGCUCUGGGGGAGGUGUUAUCUGUGCAGGGGGAACGAUCAGCCUCCUCUGCUAACCACCUACAGGAGGCUCUACACCUGCUCUCCCUCUCUCUCUCCCGGGGCUUUUCUGCCGCCCUGCGCAUCGACUCCUGCCAUGCAGAGGCCCUUCUAGGGGCGGCAGAUGUACACCUGUCUGCCGCCCAGCUGCUGAUGGGGCAUAGGGUGUGCAGGGAGGGGAAAGGUGGGCCUGGUGGUGGUGGUGGCAUGGCGAGCAGCAGUAGUAGCAGCAUUGGGGUAGGGGUGGGCAAUGGAGGCGGGAUGUGUAGUGGAGGAGGGGUGGCGUCGCUGCCACGAGAGGCGUCGGGCCACUUGCAGCAUGCCAUGUCAGCGUACCGUGAUGCCAUGCAUGCAAUCAAAGCCUCUGAUGCCAUGCCAUAUGCCGACCAAUGCAGUGCCCUCUACAACAUGGCGUGUGCUGCUGCGCUGGUAGGCCUGCUUGCUGAGUCAGCGGAGGUUCUCACCAGGCUGGCUGCCAUUGGAUGGCUCUCUGUGGCGGAAGUUCAGAAUGACGAGGAUUUUAGAAUUCUCAGGCAGUCGCCACUGUACGCGGCAUUGCUGACACAACUACAUGUGUAAUACGGUAAUCAGGUUGACUGACACCCAUUGCCGGCUAAAAUAUACCUACUGCUCUUACUGCAACAUUCUCUGGUUGCAGCAUAUCCCGUCUAAAUGGGGACCCAUAAUGUAGGGAUGAACACGUUACGUACAUAUCAAAGAAAAGAAGCACAAAAGCUUGUUUAGGUCAUAUUGUAAGGCAGCAUGCUUAAUUUCAUAUGGAUGAGGGAAACUAGAAAUGUAGAGUAUGGGUG